CAAUGUCUUUAAGAGAUAAAUUAAUUUUCCUAUCGGUUGUAAUAAGUGUCGUCGCAUCUCAAACUUUUUAUUACAAUGAAAUUGAUCACAAGUGUCCUAAGCCAUGGAUAUCGUUUCAAGACUCGUGUUAUCGUUUCAUUAAAAGUUCUAGAUCUAGAGAAGAAGCACGUAGAAAUUGCUUAGCUUAUCAAGCCGAUCUACUUUCUAUCAAUUCACUGGAAGAGCAUGGAAAUACAUUAAGAGAAUUAUUGCAGCAAGAUCUGCAACAUCGUAAAUGGUAUACGGGCGUGAGAAUGCAAGGCAGUUAUUGGACAAAUGAAGACGGUACUCAGCUAAUAAAUAUGGAUAAUGCAUUUUUGCCAGAGAGAUUAGAUAAUGCGCAUAAAAAAGACUAUCUUGUUUAUGGAUAUAGCGAAGGACUUAAACGUUGGGGUUUAGAGAAAGUCAAUGGCCAGGAUCUAUAUUAUUAUAUUUGCGAGGCGCUUGCCGCUAAUUUAUACUAUUUACAAUCUGAUGACCGUACUUAUCAAUACGGUAUUGAAGUUAACGAUCCACUGAAAAUACCACGAGGUCCAUAUUUUAUUAAGCAGCCUGAUAAUAAAGUCUUCGAUGUCACCAAGCGGGUUGUAAAUAAUGAUGUGUUUCUAAGCUGCCUAGCUGGUGGAUAUCCAGCUCCAACCUAUGAUUGGUUUAAGGAAGAUUUUCAAAAUGAUCGACUUAUUGCUAAAAAAAUUGAUCCAUUACAAAAUAUUAGAUAUACCAUUAGCGGAGGAACUCUUAUUAUUUUUGCACCAAAUCAGACCGAAGAUCGUGGAACUUAUCAUUGUAAAGCGACAAACAUGUUUGGAACCAUAAGAUCCGAGAGCGUUGAAUUAUCGUUUGGUUACAUUUUGGAAUUCAAUCUUAAACGUCCAGAAGAGCGAGGCGAUGAACAUUGGGGUAAAGCGGUUUACUGCGAUCCACCGCAACACUUCCCAGGUGUCAAAUAUUACUGGGCUCGAGAGGCUUUUCCAUACUUUGUAGACGAUGAUAAUGAAAGACUGUUCGUAUCGUACGAUGGUGCCUUAUACUUCUCAGCUCUUGAGAAGAUCGAUCAAGCCAAUUAUUCUUGCAAUGUACAAAGUACUGCCUCCGAUACUGGCCGUAACGGUCCAUUUUUUCCACUUUACGUUAGUCCACAUUUAACGCCGCAGCAAUUGAAAUUCCCAAUUAAUUUUCCAAAAAUAUUCCCAGAAGCUCCGAUAGCUGGUGAUCAAGUUAGAAUGGAGUGCAUCGCAUUUGGAUUCCCUGUUCCUUCCUACAACUGGACUCGCCACGGUGCUGAUCUUCCUCGCGGUGCCUACUUAACAAACCAUAAUCGCGUUCUCAUUAUUCCGCGAGUGCGUAUAGAGGAUCAGGGUAAAUAUGUAUGUCGGGCUCGAAACGAAAAAACUUCCAUUACGGAAUCGUUGUAUCUGUCCAUCCAAGCGGCUCCGAACUUCACGGUUCCUCUGGCCGACAAACACAUGGAUAACAGAGGCGAAUUGACGUGGGUAUGCGAGGCCUUCGGCAUACCGGACGUCACAUACAACUGGCUGAGAAACGGCGAUAUUCUGGACAUGUAUACAUUGCCACCUGAAGAUAGAGACCGUUACUUAAUACAAGAUAAUGUAUUAAAAAUCAAAUCGUUAGAUCCAGAGAAAGACGAGGCAAUGUAUCAGUGCGAAGCCAGAAAUCAGCUCAAGACUAAAUAUUCAUCGGCUCAAUUGAGAGUUUUAUCUUUGAAACCGUCGUUUAAGAAACGACCUCUCGAACCCGAAACAUACGCAGCCGAAGGCGGAAAUGUUACAAUUAUUUGUAAUCCGGAAGCUGCACCACGGCCAAAGUUCACAUGGAAAAAGGAUGGCAAUAUUCUAGGGAGUGGAGGCAGAAGACGAAUUCUCGACUCGGGCAGUCUGAUAAUAAGCCCGGUUUCGAGAGAUGACGAGGGAACGUACGUCUGCCAGGCAUCGAAUCAGUACGGCAAUGACGAAUCGCGCGGUCGUUUAAUAGUACUGAAUGGACCGAGGCUCAUCGAGGCAUUACCACCGCGAAUCGUCACCGCGAUCAACUACAAUCAGACCCUACGUUGCUUAGCUCAGACCGACGAAAUGCUGGACGUAGCCUACAUUUGGAUGCACAACGACAUGCGCAUACGCGACAAGGACCUCAAGGCCAAUCCCCAUAUAGUCGUGGACGGAGGCACUCUUCAUAUUAUCAAUGCGACCUUUGCCGAGGCCGGCGAUUACGAGUGCAUUGUCAAGAGUGCCGUGGGCAGAAUAGCAUCGAGGACGAUGAUUACGAUCGAGGGCCCGCCCGGACCCCCGGGGGGCAUACAGGUCGUUAACGUCGCCAAGACAUCGGUGACACUCACGUGGACCGAUGGAGCGUUUCACGGAAGGCCGAUCGUUAAGUAUGCCAUCGGUGCAAGGACCAAUUGGAAUCACACGUGGUUUAAUCUCACUAAAGAUUACACAUUGUACACCGAAGUGGACAGAUAUAACGGACGGAAGCAAGUGUAUCUCGAGAAUGUCUUGCAUCCUUAUACGACCUAUGAGUUUCGUGUUCAAGCCGGCAACGAGCUCGGUUAUGGACCAGCCUCGAUGCCCUCACCGCAAUACAGUACACCCUCGGAUAAACCAAUGAAAGCUCCUUCGAAUAUCAGGGGUGGUGGUGGCAAAAUUGGCGAUCUUACCAUCAAGUGGGAUCCACUGAAGUCAGCUGAACAAUACGGACCUGGUGUUUAUUAUAAAGUUUAUUGGCGUCGCAAGCACGCCGAGUCGGAAUUCCAGUCGCAGCCUCUCAAGGAACACGGUAACGUUGGCAUGGCCGUAGUGUCCAUUCAGUCUCAGUAUUAUUACACCGAGUACGAGGUUCAAGUGCAGCCGGCCAAUGACAUUGGCUACGGGCCAAAAUCAGAUAUUGUCACGAUAUUUAGUGCCGAGGACAUGCCGCAGGUUGCACCGCAACAAGUGUCCGCGCUCUCUCACAACGGUACAGCCUUGAACGUCACUUGGCAGCCCAUCGAGCAGACUCGUGAACGUGUGCGUGGCAAACUCAUAGGCCAUCGUAUUAAAUACUGGAAAGAAAAGAAUCGUGAGGAGGAUGCCGUGUAUUAUUUGUCUCGUACGACUCGGCCCUGGUCUCUCGUGGUUGGAUUGCAACCCAACACAUACUAUUACGUUAAGGUCAUGGCGUAUAAUUCUGCUGGCGAGGGGCCCGAAAGCGAACGUUUCUUAGAACGGACCUAUCGCAAGUCCCCGCAAAAUCCACCAUCCUCGGUACAUGUAUUUGGUAGAAAUCCAACGUCAGUGAGGGUAACGUGGCGUUAUGUGCAAAAUAUCAAGGAUGAGGAGCCGGUUAUUGGAUUUAAGAUUAGAGUUUGGGAGACAGAUCAAGAUAUGAGUACGGCGGUGGAUACAAUCGUACCUGUAGGUGCGAUCGAGGCAAUCAUUAAUAAUCUAGGUGUGGGCAAGGAAUUUUAUCUUCGAGUAUUGGCAUAUAGUAAUGGAGGAGAUGGUAGAAUGUCUAGUCCAGCUCAUAGAUUCAGAAUGGGCGAUGCUUCGGAUUAUGGAAAUGCUACAUCUAAGAAAAUGGUGAACUCAACAUUGAUUAUUGUAAUGUUAAUGUUCUUUAAAGUUUUUGGUUACGUUUGAAAAUAAUGUAAAAGAUUCGCACU